AUGGAAGUCGAUGAAAUAAAUUCCAACCAGAAAAAAUCAGAUCAAUUACUCUUUCAAUCAGGAAAUUUAGGUAAUACUGUUGCAUGUCACAACAGGUAUAAUUCAAUUUCAAGGAUUAUUGAAGAACAUCCUGAUAUUUUUGAAAUAAUUCAUCGAAUGUUUCAUGAAAACAAUGUAGAAUUAGGAAAUAUAUUACAUUUUCUAGCUGAAGAAGCCAUUUCAAAUACAAUUUUAUUCGAUAUCAGUUUCGAAACAUUUGAGAUCGCAAAUAUCUUCGAUUCAUUGCUCAAAUCCAAAAGUAUAUUUGUCUAUGAUAUACUCAAAAUAGUAUUAGCUCUAUCCCAUACAAUAGAAUACGCAAAUAUAUUUAUGAAAGAAAAUAUUCAUCAAAUGCUUUUUGAAAUCAUAUGCAAUCAAUCUGUUUCAAAGCAAAUCAUUGCAUUAUCCGCUAAAUCUUUACAUAAUUUAGCGAAAUCAAGUAAUGAAAACGCAUCAUUGAUUUUAUAUCAAUGUAAUCUACAGAAACUAUGUUCAUCAGCAAAGUAUUACGAUUCUCAACUAUAUUACAUAUGUAUGAAGUUCAUAAUUACACUUUCAAAAGUAAAUCAAAUUACAUUAAGACAAUUUAACAAUCUAAAAGAAUUUUCAUGUAUACUCAUAUCAAAUAUUACAAAAAUAAGUGUCAAAGAACUGUUAAUUCUCUUAGAAAACAUUUCAAAUUCUCAAUUUAGCGAAAAUUUAUUCCAAGAUGAAGUAAUCAUAUCAUUUUUGAAUAGUUUACUUAAAGAUAAGACAGAAUACAUUAGAUUUGCUGCUUUGUCAAUCAUUAGAAAUGGAAUUAAAUAUGGAAUUUCAUUAUCUCCUGAGAAUUUGCCAAUUGCACUUUAUUAUUUACAGUACGAUGAUGAACUUCCUUUUGUUGCAGCUUCAGAGAUAAUAAUUGCUUAUCUUUCACAAAAUUUAAAUAUUGAUCUUGAUAUUUUUUAUAUUUUAACUAGAAUCGAGAAUGGAUCGAUGAAUAUAAGAUACACUGCAUUAGAUUUGUUGUUAAUGUAUAUUACAACAUUUCCUUUCAAAAUUACAGACGAAAUUUUGAAUCCUAUGUUUGAAACACUUAUUCCUCUUCUUCAUAUCAAUGAAACACGUGUUAUUGAGAAGAUUCUGAUAAUUAUUCACUCAUUAUUGAGACAAGACUCUCAAAUGGGAAAUAUUCACAAAUUAAUUGAGUUAUUUAAUGAUUUAGAUGGAUUUGAAUACAUCCAGGAACUAAUUGAUAGUCAGUCUCAAUCUAUUCAUGAUAAAUCACAGAUUAUUAUUGAUACUUUUUAUCAAGAAAAUUGA